UUUAAUCUGUGAUGAGAUUUUGGUGACGCUAGCUGACCAACUUAAGUGUUAUUUCUAAUUUAUCAAUAAUUUAGUUAUAAAUAAUUAUAAAAUCGUUACGCUUUUGUGUACAACUAUCAAACCGUAUCAUUAACUCUUUAAAUUACGUAAGCUAAGAUGUCACGCUACCGCGAAUGGGAUUUAUCCUGCAAAGUAUAUGUUGGAAAUCUUGGCACAAAUGCAUCAAAAUACGAAAUUGAAAAAAUAUUUUCUAAGUAUGGUAACAUAAGGAACGUGUGGGUGGCCAGAAAUCCACCAGGAUUUGCAUUUGUUGAAUUUGAGGAUCCUCGAGAUGCAGAAGAUUCAGUUCGAGGACUAGAUGGAACACGUUGCUGUGGAACUCGUAUCCGUGUUGAGAUGUCCAAUGGCCGUACAAGAAGAGAUCGCAGGUCCAUUUUAUCAACCAACCACCAACACACCAACGACCUCACCACAUCUCUUCACCACAACUACGGCUUGUAUACAAAUAUGACAUCCGCGAACGCCGCUCGCAACAUCCCGCUCGACUUGUGCGACCGGCUCUCCAACCGUCUGCGAGCAGCUGAAGUCUACAACAACUGCCUCCCCAUAUCUAUCCUCUCGACCGCCAUCACCUGAUCCUACACCCUCCGAAACCUGAACGAUAACCACUGACGAGCCACAUAGCAUACGAACCUACAAUCCUGAAUGUCAUUGCAACUCCUGAUGCUUCACUGCAAUCUGCUGCACACACGCGUCGUCACCGAGGCACCGGCUAGAAAUACCACCUAUAUGGCGAUCAGCUCUCUCCGUUUCAACAAUUUGUUGUCAAAACUUCUUAUGGUCACCAUUUAGAAGAUAAUGUUGAAACUUCACCGCCUCGGUAUUCAAACUCCCUUCGGCCUCACAGCAGCGCCACACCGCCCGGCGGCCCUCGCAGGCUCAUCAAGUCUCGGUACUUUUUAAAUCCUAUACUUAGCACUGCCUUACCUAAUGUUUACCUACUUAGACAUGCUAUGAAAUGUUGGUGUUUCAAUGUGCUAUAUUUGGAUGUUUAAUUUAAGUAUAAAAUAGAUUAAGUAUUUUGAGAUUUCAGUAAAACAUGGCGAAAAACUCGUUACAGUCAAUUACGUUCAAGAUCUAUGAUGAAAAUCAAAUUAAAGCAGUAAUUUCGAUUGAUUCGUAAACUGAUUUUGUGAGAAAAUACUUUACAUUUAAUCGGCGACUGUCACAAGUAAUAUCCCAAUAAAACUAAUUUGUUGUAUCCACAUCGAUUAUAUCUCCAGAACAAUUCAAACCAAUCAAUAAAAUAAAUCUAUACUGACCGAGUUACCUGACGAAAACAAACUAUUCUGUGACUUAAAAAGAACGACAAAAACAUGAAAAUAGUUCAAUGAAAUAAAAUAACUCGCACGUUGUA